CACCACGACAGACAGACAUCUCAUUGGGUUCUCUCUUCCCUCCCAUAGCCUAUAGGCCUACCUCCAGACGCAACAUGCCGUUAACUUAACUCCUCUUGAUUAACAGACUAACGAAAUGGCUUCAAAACGUUCUCUUCCCGAAGAGGACCUCACUUGUCCCGUCUGCUGCGAUAUCUUCAGGGACCCGGUCAUACAGCAGUGCAGCCACAGCAUCUGUAAGGAGUGCUUGCAUCGGUUCUGGGACAUCAAGAAAUCUCGAGAAUGCCCAGUGUGCAGACGAAAGUCACCCAACGGUGAGCUCCCUCGGAACUUGGCAUUGAAAAACCUGUGCGAGGCCGUCCUACUGGUGAAAGGUUCCGGGACAUCGCAAGGGCUGUGUACCUUGCACGGUGAAAGUUUCAAGCUCUUUUGCCUGGAUGACAAAGAGCCCGUGUGCGUCGUUUGUCAGACUUCUAGAAAGCACAAACUGCACGAUUUUUGCCCCAUAGAUGAAGCUGCUCUCGAUCACAAGGAGGAGCUCAGCAAUGCACUAUCUCCACUGCAAGAAAAGCUGAAGCUUUUAGAGGACGUGAAAUACACCUAUGAUCAAACCGCUCAGCUCAUCAAGGGCCAGACCCUUCUUACUGAAAGGCAUAUUAAGUUGGAGUUUGAAAAGCUUCACAAGUUUCUCCGGGAUGAAGAGAAGGCCAGAAUGGAAUGUGUUAAGGCCGAGGAGAGGCAGAAGAGUGCAGCUGUGAUGAAGAAGAUUGAAGCGAUCGGCAGAGAGAUAUCAUCUGUCUCUGAGACUAUUCAGGCCAUACAGAAGGAGCUCAAACAAGAUAAUGUGACAUUUGUACAGAACUUCAAGGCUACAAUGGAAAAGACUAAAUGCACCUGGAAGACUCCAGACAUGACUUCAGAUGCUCUAAUUGAUGUGGCAAAGCAUAUGGGCAACGUCAGCUUUCACAUCUGGAAGAAGAUGCAAGAGAUUGUUGAAUUUGCUCCAGUCAUCCUGGACCCCAACACGGCGGCCCCACACCUCCUGAUGUCUGCGGAUUUGACCAGCCUUACGUACAGCGACGUUAUGGAGCUGGUGCCCGACAACCCCGAGAGGUUUGACUUCUACCACUGUGUGCUGGGCUCCGAGGGCUUCGACUCCGGGACCCACCACUGGGACAUCGAGGUCGGGGACAACUCCCUCUGGUACCUGGGUGUGAUGACGGAGUCCACCCACCGCAAGGGGAAGGCCAUCUGGAACGGCGUCUUGAGCUUGUGGCACAUGUUCGGGGAGUACAAGUCGCAGUCUCCGGAGCAGGCCCCCAUGCCGCUCUUGGUGAGCCAGCGCAUCCAGAAGGUCCGUGUGGAGCUGGACUGGGACGGGGGACUGGUCUCGUUCUUUGACCUGGUCAGUGAAACAUACUUGCUGACCUUGGCGCACACGUUUACCGAGAAGGUGUUUCCGUUCUUCUAUAAUUUCUGUGUGCUCACUCCCCUGCGGAUCUUACCACUUAAACCGUCUGUGACAGUGGGAUAGCACAGUUAAAGCAGCUGCCUUUAUAUUGAAGCAUCUCAGUCUCUGAAAAUAAUGGCUCCAAGCUCAUUUUGAUGCCACACUGACGUACAUGAAGAGAAAAGCAUAGAAAGCCAUAUGAUUAUAUUUCAUGUAAAUUCAACGUUCAUUUUUCUACAAACCGUUUAUCACAGCAGCCAGCUGCUUUGAAAGGUUAAGUUCCGCGCUUUCACGUGAUAUGCUUGUGAUAUCUGUGUGAUGAUUACAUGGUAAGCAAUUCAGCAGAGAAGAAUGGGUGUGAAUUUGGACACAUUUUUUUGUCCAUUAGUUCGUUCCUGUAACUUACGGGAUCCAUUUCAAAAUUCUCACCAUAACCUAUAGGGCUCUAGAUCGUCAGGCCCCUGCUUAUCUUGCCAAUAUGAUUCUCCUACACGCCCCCUCCCGGUCUCUCAGGUCUGUCAACCAAAAUCAACCUUUACUGAGAAUGUGGACUGUUUUAAGGUGCAAGUGAAGACUCACUUGUUUAGGCUAGCUUUUGGGUAACCUCUGUCUUUUAUGUAUUGAUCAUUUUAUCUGUUGUAUUUUUACUUUAUUUUAUUCUUAGACUGUUUUUUACGCUUUAUAUUGUCUACGCACAUUGUAAAGCACUUUGUGACCCUGUCUGUGAAAAGUGCUGUAUAAACACAUUUUACUUACUUACCUACUGCCUGCAAUAUUCAGAACUUUCAUGAAGAUGUAGGCCUAUGGAUUGAGAAGGGAUACAGGACAGGUACACAAGGGUCAAAUGUUUUUUUUUUACUGAGGUCUUACUGUAUAUUUGUACUGUAUGAGGUCUUUCUGUAUAUUUGUACUGUAUAAGUGUGACUGUCCGUUAGUUAUCCCUAACUGUACCGUGUACAGUGUUCCUAACCGCGUAGCCUUUAAUUAAAGUAUGUGUGCUGCAUGUCAGCAUCCACUGUAUCCUCUGUCUCCUGACUGCCCAAAACAAUUUCUCCUGGAAGAUAAUAAAGGCUGAUCAUUAUCAAUAUUAUCAGCAAAAAUAGAAAUAAAUUGUUGUAUGUAACACACUGUAGCCUACUGUGUGUAACCUAUUUACUAAUAUGCCACAUAGUUUAUAUUUUUUCUUAUACCGGCGAUUUACUGUAAACUGAUCAUUUUAUAUACUGUAUGUGUGUGUGUGUAUUUAGCUGCUGAAUACCAUUAAUAUUUGAA